UCUAUUUACACCUUCAUCAAAGUACUCUAAAACUUGCUGUGGCGGGCAAUUUUUUAUCCACUCUAAUAUGUCACUGGUUUAUUGCUGUGUUACAUUUGGACUGAAUGCUGCACUGAGUCAGACCACGCAGCAAUUAUCAACCGGGUCCACAGAUUGCUGAUGCUGAUUAAAAACGUCACCCCUGAUAAGAGUCCAUUUGAGCUCUGCUACCAGUCGAAGGUCUCGUUCUUCACCACACAUCAGCAGAUCUCUAUCAGAGAACCACAGUUACAUAUUAAACAGGGACGGAGGUUCAGGUGUGCAGACAGGUGAAGUUUCGCUGAGAUGCAUUCAGUUGGUGUGAAGAUGAAGAUGAGGCUGGAACUGUUUAUGGUCAUCACAUCAGUGAUCUGCACUGCUGGCAAGCCACUGAGCAAGGCAGUGAUGAGGAACAAGCUGCUGCUCAUCUCCUUUGAUGGCUUCAGGUGGGACUAUGACCAGGAUGUGGACACGCCGAACCUGGACCAGCUGGUGAAGGACGGAGUCAAGGCCAAAUACAUUACACCCCCAAUGCUGACCAUGACUGCCCCAUCCCACUUCACCACCAUCACUGGCAGAUGGGUAGAGGACCAUGAAGUCGUCCACAACAUGAUGUUUGACGCCAAGACCAACUUAAAGCUUCCCUUCAAAAUGACGCUGAGAAAAUCAAAAUGGUGGGACAACGGAGUUCCACCAUUAUGGAUCACAGCUCAGAAUCAGGGUCUGAAAACUGCUUCCUUCUACUACCCAGGAGGCGGGGUCAACUACAGUGGCCAGGCAGUCAACCGUGCACUUGUGCGGUCAAUUGACCACCCUGACGACAAUGAAACCGAGUGGCGUGAGAACAUCGACAAGGUGAUGAGUUGGUUCUCUGAUGAAGACUUCAACCUAGUGACACUGUACUACGGUGAGCCAGACAAUGUAGGCCAUGCCAAAGGACCGGACCACCAGGACAGGAAGGUGAUCAUUAAGCAGAUCGACCGCACCAUUGGCUACCUGAGGGAAGCCAUCAUUCGCCAUGGCCUGACUGACAGCCUGAAUGUCAUUAUCACCUCGGACCACGGUAUGACCACAGUGAAGAAGCGACCACAGGUGGAUGAGAUCAUCCUCAACAAAUACCUGAAUUUACUCCAGCUUGCCAGCUUUGAGAUCCUCGACUACGGUGGCUUCGGCAUCUUGACACCACGGCCUGGGAAAGAGCAGGACGUUUUCAAUGCUCUGUCCAAUGCACCCAAUCUGACAGUCUACAAGAAAAAUGAAAUUCCUGAGAACUUCCAUCUUGCCAAAAGUCAGCGGCUGCCUCCCAUUGUGAUUGUUGCAGAUCUGGGAUUUAACCUGAACUCUAGAUUCAUUGUCUAUGUCAACAAAGGCGAUCAUGGCUACCAUAAUGGAGAAAUGGACAUGAAGACCAUCUUCAGGGCCUUUGGACCUGACUUCAAAAAGAACUUCUUGUCUGAUCCAUUUGACAGCAUCCACAUUUACCCUCUGAUGUGUAAACUGCUGCAGAUCGAACCAGCACCGCACAACGGCUCACUGACAGUAACCCAGAAUCUCCUGGUGCAAACCCCCUCAGGUGGCUCACAGACAGCUCAACUGUCUGUCGCACUGCUGCUGUCCAUGCUACUCGUCGUGUUCAUUUAACAGAUCCAGGAUCAGCAUCACCUCAUCUGAAACCUCUGCUUUAAUGUGUUUUUGUCUACAUCACUAUACCCACACUACAUCAUAUCAAAGUGAACUAUUGUGUUAUAGUUACACAAAACACAACCACAUGAUCAGAGAGAGAGAAAGAGAUGAACUU